AUGCCUGGGGUUGUUGUCCUUCCACAAGCAGCAGGCUAUGGUGUCGUUCUCGGAAUUGGUCUCUUCUUUUCUGCGUUAAUGGUCGGGUUGACCUGGGUCCAAAAUCGGUACACAAAGUUAGUUCAGGGCCGUCCCGCGAUAGCCGCGCCGGGUGCUAAUCACGAAGAAGUUUCGCCGCUGACCGAGUUUCCCCACUCCCUACCCCCUCCCUGUGCAAUAGAUACAAGGCAACCAGUGUAGCAGAAUUCACCUCGGCCAGUCAUUCCGGUCAGUGAUUGUUUUCAAACUGGAGGUUGAUGCAUCUUCACAGAGCCUGGCCGCGUCGGUACACGGCUGACGAUCCGGUUGCCUCGUCCCUCCUUAUCACCACGAAUCUGGAACAGUCAAGCCUGGAUUGAUCGCUUCGGGCAUCGUAUCGGCGUGGACAUGGGCCGCAACGCUUUUGCAAUCCAGUGCGGUCUGCUACAAGUAAGUCUUGUUCUGCCGGGCUCGUAUGAUCGUAUACAAGGGUGUAACUUGAUUGGCUGAUGUGAUUCCUCAUCUCACACACUCAAGAUUCGGCAUUAGUGGAUCUUGGUGGUACGCCGCCGGCGCGACGGUGCAAGUGCUCCUCUUCGCUCAGAACAGUGCCAAACUCAAGACCAACGCGCCCAACGCCUCGACGUUCCUGGAAGUGAUCAGAACACGUUGGGGGACUCUCGGUCAUGCUACCUUUGGAUUCUUCGCCCUAUGCUGCAACAUCCUCGUCUCGUCGAUGUUGAUCACGGGAGGCUCGGCGACGGUCACGGAUCUCACGGGCAUGUCGACCCAUGCCGCUUGCAUGCUCAUCCCCGUCGGAGUCGUCAUCUACGUCCUCAUCGGUGGUCUUCGUUCGUCGCUCCUCGCCGAUUACUUGCACACCACCUUCAUCUUCUCUAUCAUCCUGACCUUCAUGUUCACCGUCUACACGAGCAAGUCGGCCGGUAUCGGCUCACCCAAGGCUCUGUACGAGCGAUUGACCGAGAUUGCUAAGAUCCACCCUGUCAAGGAUAACGCUCAGGGUUCCUACUUGACCAUGCGAUCAAAGUCAGGUACGAAGGGGCUUCACCCGCUCUUCUUUGCGCAGAACUCGUCUAAUAACACUGGUAUACACCUUGAUUACACUUUCUGCGCUGUAUUAGGCUUGAUCUUCGGCGUCAUCAACAUCAUCGGCAACUUCGGAACGGUCUACUGUGACCAAGCCUACUGGCAACGAGCGAUCGCGUCGGAGCCCGCGUCUUGCGUCAAGGCGUUUAUCCUCGGUGGGACGGCGUGGACCUCGAUCCCUCUCGGUUUCGCUACUACGAUGGGUCUCGCGGCAGUCUACUUCCAAGUCGAUCUCACGCCGGGUGAAGUCUCUGCCGGUCUGCCCGCCGCGGCCGCCGCUGUUCAACUUUUGGGCAAGACGGGUGCCAUCUUGAUGUUGAUCUUGCUCUUCUUGGCCGUCACAUCCGCUGCUUCGGCCGAGCUUGUCGCGGUCAGCUCGCUGUUCACCUACGACGUGUACAUACCCUACAUCAACCCGCGCGCUUCAGACUCACAAAUUCUCAAAGUGGACCACAUCGCCAUCGUCGCCUACGGUGUCAUUAUGGGUCUUCUUGGCAUCAUCUUUUUCGAAGCUGGUAUCUCGAUGGGCUGGCUGUGAGUCGGACAGUGAUAUGUUGAAGACGCUCACGCAACGAGAGACUGAUUUCGGGGAUUUUUUUCCUCACAGCUACGAGUUCAUGGGCUGCUUGAUCGGUAGCGCGGUGGCUCCUAUCGCGCUCGCGAUCAUGAGCGCCAAGGCGAACCGCCUCGGUUGCAUCGCGGCGGCUUGGAUUGGUUUGGCCGUCGGAAUCGCGGGAUGGCUCGGUGUCGCCGCGGCAGAGAACAACGGCAAGAUCACGAUCGACACCACCUUCCAGGACUACCCGAUGCUGACAGGCAACCUCUUGGCUCUCGGCGUGUCGUGCAUCAUCGCCUUCUCGACCUCGUGGAUCUGGCCCGAGAACUUUGACUGGGAGAUCACCCGAGCGAUCCAUUCUGAGCGCGACCACUUCGAGACCGCCCCCGUCAAAGACGUCGAUGUCGUCGAGGCCGAAGGCUCUGACAAGAAGGAAACCGAAGCCGAAUCUCCUAAGGUUGCGAGUGCCCGUGCCUCUUUCUCGGAAGAAGGUGGCCUCGCGUACAACGAGAACAAGGACCCUGCCAAACUUCGUCAAGCAUUCAAGCUCGCCGUCUACGUCUCGGUCGUCCUCUUCUUCCUGCUCAUCAUCGCCAUUCCCUUGCCCCUCUUUUUCUCGAGCUACGUUUUCCCCCAAGUCGGCUUCACGGUCUGGAUCGCCAUCACUUUCAUCUGGGUCUUUUAUGGGUCGUUCGCGGUCGUCAUUUACCCCAUCUACGAAUCGUACGGUUCGAUCGCCGAGAUUGGGAAAGCCAUCUAUGCCGAUGUGACGGGCAAGAGGGUCAAGGAUGUGGCUCCGAGCGAGGAGUAA